AAACCUUCGACGCAUUGUUAGACGCUUGCCCAUGCAUAUGAGAACACGAUGGGUUGAUAUAGCACAUGACAUAAAUGUUAAAUCAGACAGAGAGCCAAAAUUUUCUGAUUUAGUUUGCUUUGUCAACAAAAUGUCACAGACUGCUAGUUCAAUGUAUGCUACCGAUAUUGUUAGAGACAACCAAUCACGUAGCAGUGGUCAUGAUACACAUGUAAAGUCUGACAGCUUUGUAAACACAAAGGUCACAACUCUUACAACGCAUACGGGUAGCGAGUGUGCGAAAUUUGAGCGCAAAUGCAUUUGUUGUUCUGGUAAAUGCAAAGAAUUGGGUGACUGUAAAGCAUAUAUUGACAUGCCAUUAAGUGAGAGGCGGAAGUUUGUUGCCAUACGUAAACUAUGUUUCAAUUGUCUUAAAGGAAGACACAUGUCUGUAAGUUGUAAAAUGUCCAAACAAUGCAAUGUUCCUGAGUGUCAAGGUAAACACCAUUUAUUAUUACAUUGUUGGGUAAAGCCCGAGUCCGACCGCACUGCUUUUCAGCCGUCCGUCAAUUGCGCAACUACAAAAGAUUCGUUGCUAAAGGCGUAUUUGGGUAUCAUACCUGUGAAAAUUACGGGAAUGAACGGCAACACUUGCGAGACUUACGCUCUGAUAGAUGAUGGCGCAGAUAAAUCGUUGUGCGAUGAGCGGCUUUUAAAAAAGCUAGGGCAGCCAGGGAAACCAGUAGAUUUCAAGAUAACGACAGUAAACUCUUCUGGAAGUUCCGUUUCCGGCUCAGAAGUGAAUCUCCGUGUUCAGUCAGCUUCCGGAAGUGACGUACUGGAUUUAAAGAAGGUUUGGUCUGUGAAGAGACUCCCAGUGAACGCCAGAUCAGCCGCUACUGCAGAGAGUAUACGCCGGUUUCCACACCUAGCCGAUAUCCACAUUCCCCGCUUGAUGUCGAGUGACGUAAUGCUGCUCAUAGGUACAGACGCACCGGAAGCGCACAUUCCCAUAGAAGUCCGCGCGGGAGAUGGUCAUCAACCGUAUGCAGUCCGGACGCGACUCGGAUGGGCAAUACGAGGGCCACUUCCAGCAGAAGACAGCCUUAAUGACGUCAACAUCAACUUUGGACACUCCAGUGACGUCAUUUUGCAACAACAACUAGAAAGAAUGUGGACUGCAGAUUUCAACGAUGUAAUGCACUGUGCUAAACCUUCAAUGUCGUUAGAAGAUAUGAAGGCUAUGAAAAUAAUGGAAUCCUCACUUGAAGACGGACAUUACGUGAUGGGACUUUCAUGGCGAGAUGAUGAAGUGUCCAUGCCAAACAAUAUUGUGCUGGCACAUAUUUGUUUACAACAACUUAAGAAGAAACUCUCGCGGGAGCCUAUGCUUCACGAGCAAUAUACCGCGACUGUUAGCGAUUAUAUCGAAAAAGGCUACGCGAAAGAAAUAUCGCAUGGCGAGACAACAGAUCUCACAUGGUACUUGCCGCACCAUCCGGUCACCAAUGACAACAAACCUGGGAAAGUACGUGUAGUAUUUGAUUGUGCUGCAAAAUUCAAGGCGUGUCACUGAAUAGAAAAUUGCUUCAAGGUCCUGACU